UUACUACGGCAGUCGAGUAUAGCCUUCUACGCAUUGAGCACGCCCCGCCAAUCUCUCAACAUGACGCUCUGACGCGAAUUCAUUUACGACAAUUUAAAUGUUACAAACGCCCAUAAAAAAUAUCGGCCAGAAAUAAGUGCGUGUGACACGUUCCUUUUUUAAAUUUGUUUGUUUUUUUUUUCUUUAUUUUCCAAACGGACUGUGAUAAUGGGUUUGAAAUCGGAAGAUGACAAACAGCCCAGCAAAUUGGCGAUCAUGGAUGACAUUUCGGAUUCGCCACGUGGCCUGGGCACGCGGCACUGGGUGACGUUCAUGCUGUUCCUCGGAAUGGCCAACGCAUACAUCAUGAGGACGAACAUGUCCGUCGCGAUCGUGGCGAUGGUGAACCACACCGCGCUGCCCGUCGACAAGGAGGCUAUGGACACUGAGUGCGGGGCUGUUGAUGGCAAUUCUACUAAGGAGGUGUUAACUCAAGAUGGCCAAUUUAUUUGGAGUUCCACACUCCAAGGCUAUAUUCUUUCAUCAUUCUUCUAUGGAUAUGUUAUUACUCAGAUUCCCUUUGGUAUUCUGUCCAAAAGGUUCGGAGCCCGUCUGUUCCUCGGCGUGGGAAUGUUGAUCAACUCCGUUUUUGGUCUGCUAGUGCCAGUGGCAGCUGAAGCUGGCUACGGUUGGCUCAUUCUGGUCAGAUUCAUUCAGGGUUUGGGAGAGGGUCCCAUAGUGCCGUGUUCACACGCGAUGUUGGCAAAAUGGAUUCCGCCUAACGAAAGGAGUCGGAUGGGAGCAGCUGUAUAUGCCGGUGCCCAAUUCGGCACAGUAAUCUCCAUGCCGCUGUCCGGUCUUCUAUCAGCAUACGGUUUCGCCGGCGGCUGGCCUUCCAUCUUCUACGUGUUUGGGCUAAUCGGCACAGUUUGGUGCAUAGCCUUCCUGCUGUUUGUAUCUGAGGACCCAGAACAGUGUCCAGGUAUCAAGGAGGCUGAGAAGAAGUAUAUUUUGAACUCGUUGUGGGGCGCUGCUGGUUCUAGCUCACCACCAAUCCCCUGGAGCAAGAUCCUCAUGUCCAUGCCAUUCUGGGCCAUCAUGUUGGCCCACAUGGGACAGAACUACGGGUACGAAACGCUGAUGACAGAACUGCCGACGUUCAUGCGGCAAGUGCUGCACUUCUCUAUCAAGGAUAACGGUUUCGUCUCAGCGCUCCCAUACCUCUGCAUGUGGUUGUUCUCAAUGUUCAUCUCCGUUGUCGCCGACUGGAUGUUGUCCAGCGGUAGAUUCAACCAUACACAAGUCAGGAAGAUUAUCAACAGUAUUGGUGAAUACGGUCCAGCCAUAGGUCUAUUCAUAGCGGCCAACACAGGCUGUGAUCCCGCCGCAACCGUCGCCAUACUCGCUGUAGGUGUUGGUCUCAACGGUGGUAUCUACUCCGGUUUCAAGGUGAACCACUUGGACAUUUCACCGCGUUUCGCUGGAAUCCUGAUGGCAUUCACCAACUGCCUCGCCAACUUGACCGGUCUACUGGCUCCCAUCGUGGCUGGAUAUAUUAUCGAAGGAAAGCCAACACAAGCACAAUGGAGGAAAGUGUUCUACAUCGCGGGCGGAGUCUACAUAUUCUGUGCGACGUUCUACAAUCUAUUCGGUUCAGGAAGGCGACAGGAUUGGGACAACCCCGCCGAAGACGAAGCGAUCGCUAAGAAAGCCGCAGAUAAAAAAGCAAUGAAGAGGGCCAAAAACGAGAAUACAGCGGAGACCGCGCAAUAGAUUAAAAAAGCUCGGCGGACAUGACAGAUCGACGAAAAAAUGGACACAUGACAGCUGUCAAAAUAUCGGAGGGAAUUUUUUCUUUUUUUUUUGAAGAUAUACUUUUUCUGUGUGGUUUCGAAAUUUAAAAAAAUAUUUUCAUGAUUGUCACGUUCGCCUUAGCUGAUAGUGAUACGAGUUGCAAAGUUUUAGAGCUUUUAGGUGAGACUGUUAGCUAAUUAUUUUCUUUACUUCUUCUCUUCCUUUCAAGUGUAACGUAUUUUACGAUAAUGCUCUCUCGUUCCAUCGUAUUAAAAUACUACGGUAGAAUGAGAGAACAUGAUGAGAACCAUCUUUCUGUACUCUUAAUUUAAAUUUUUUAGCUGUGAAGCUAAGAUUCUUUAUAGAACAGCAUUUAAAUCAAAAUUAUUAUCUACUGUCAAUGCUUCAGAAAAAUCAGACGUUACAUUUGUCUAUGCAUACAGUCUAUAACCUGGUCAAUGUGUUUUGUUCACAAAAUACAUGAAAGACGCACAUCAUUGGGGCUGUGAUAUCUUGAGUAGUUCUUUGGACUCGUAUCAUGAUUAUUUAUUAAAUUAAUUUAGUAUUUAUAUGUAAAAGUAUUAUAACGCUUGAGUGUGUAGACGAAUGCGAGGUGUGUGUUAAUAAAAAUGAACUUUUGCUAUUGGUAACUUUGUAAUCAAAGCUUUAGGCCGCUAUUAUAUCAUAGAAAAUUUGUCUAUGAUGUCUUACUAGCGAAUAAAAAUUGAAAACCAUUUUAAUAUACAAUGGUUAUAUAAAUAUAAUAUGAGCCUAAAAGUUCAUUGAAUAUUAACACAAUAAUUUGUUAAGUAAGUGACAAUGGGUCCAACUGUUUUAAUGUUACCGUCCAAGCCAGUGAAUUUUCACAAUCCUUGCACUAUUCAAUUUAAAGAUCAAAAUUAAAUGUUACCUAUUCGGACUAUAAAUAAUUAACAGUGUGGAUUUUGAUAAAAUAUGCAGUUACUCGAAUACAAAAAUUUUGAGCAACACGAAUUUUUUCAAACUUAGUAGAUUUUUUAAGAAACUAUUUUUUUAAAAAUAUACGAACUACGGAGCCAUUUUUUAUUGUACUGCACAAAGGUUUUUGCGCCACGACCAAAAAUAAUAUUGUAAAGUAUCAUUUCGUGUUGCUCCACACUCUUAACCAUAGACUAAAAAUUUUAAAUUUCGAAUUACGAACUCUACAGUCUGUGCUCUUGAGUUAGUGCCAAACGGUAAUUACCUAUUAUUUGAAUUUAUUUUUAAUGUUUAGUAUUCGCUUUAUGCAAAUGUUAAUGCGUUAGUUAUGCAGAUAAUAUAAGAUGUAAAUUAUUUAUCGUUUUAGUUUUAUUUUACGCAUACCGUGCUCGGAGCUGAUGUGAUCAUAUUGUUAGUGUAUUUAAGCUAAGUUUAGCUUAUGAUAUGCUAAAUUACCGUAGACAAAUUUUAUAUUCAUUUUAGGAUUUUGUCAUAGACAUAAAAUAUAUUCUAAAAUAGAGCUUUGUACCAAUUUAUAGUAUUAAAAUAUAUCUUCUGAAAUUGCCAAUGACAGGCAAUAAGAGUGCCUCGUAAUAAUAUUGUCGUCCAAAACUAUUUAAACUAGCCGUGUUAAACAUGGCGCAACAAUUCUGUAUAAUUCCUGUAACUAUUUAAAUGCUUUUAAAUUUUUCAAGAAAAUAAACGAGGUUUUUAAGUA